AUGGGAAAGUUUUUCAUUAAGAAUGUUGGUGUUCUUGUUGUAACCUUGUUGCUAGUUGCCGUGGAUAUUGCCCAAGCGCGGCGCUCUGAUGACGAAGAGGACAUUAUUGUUUACUCUGGUGGUGGUACAAUAAGUGGCGGUGGUGGAGGUGGCGGCGGAGGCAGCAGCGGUCAUGGUGGUGGUGCUUGUGGUGGCAGUACUGCAGGAGGCAGUAGCAGCGGCCAUGGUGGUGGGGCAGGCCGUGGCAGUGGUGGCGGUGCAGGAGGAGGCGCUGGCAGUGGUGCUGGUGGCGUUGCUUGUGGUGGGCCGGCGGUGGUACAGGGGGAGGCAGUGGCAGUGGAAAAGGUGGUGGAGGAGGUGGUGCCGGCGCUGGUGGUGGAAAAAUUGGUGGUGUAG